UCGGAAAACGGAUUUGUACUCACUUUCCAGAUAAUCCUCCAGGUACAGCAUCUUCCGGCAGUGCUGAGCAACGUUCGGACACAGGAUACAGAAAGGUAUAGAAAUGCGCCGUCGUGAGAUUCAGAACUUUUCCCUCAAGCUCAGCGAUCUCAAGGAGUACGAGCUGGCCAAGCAGGAACGGCUGGCCCGGACCAGCGAUGAACGGUCCGGUAGUGGAGGUGCGGCUACCACAACGAUAGCGGGUGGUUCCGGGCUGGCAGCCGAUGUCGAUCCGAUGAAGACACCCGAAGUUACGAUGCCAAGCCUGCCCAAGUUGGGCCUUGGUCCCAAAACUAAACAGGAAAUUCGGGCGCGGAUAGGGUUUCCACCGGAUUUGCCUUAGUGCAGAAGAAGGGAUGUUUCGGAA